AUGAUGGGAGAUAAUCCACAAGAUGCGGCGAAAAAGGGCGACUUCAAAUACAAGAUUGGGAAGGUCAAACAGACGCCUUCGGUCAAGACAGAUCCCAAGACUGGAAACAGUUACAUAGAGCUGAAGGCUACACCGGAAGAAAAAGUCUAUGGAUGCACCAAAUUUAGUGGUCAUUAUAAGGAAGAAAAGAAGCUGGGUCAGGGUACUUUCGGUGAAGUGUACAAGGGCAUACAUUUAGAAACACAAAGACAGGUUGCCAUGAAGAGAAUCAUAGUCAAUGUUGAGAAAGAUCUUUUCCCAAUAACGGCUCAAAGAGAGAUUACAAUCUUAAGACGACUAGAUCAUAAAAAUAUCAUCAAAUUGAUUGAGGUAGUGUAUGAUCAAUCACCAUCGGCAACCAGCCGCCCCGAUCAGGCACAAGCUUCGCGAAACAACUCUCCAGCCAAGUCAUUUUACAUGAUUUUACCAUACAUCGUAUCGGAUCUUUCAGGUAUUUUGCAUAAUCCUAGAAUCAAUUUAAAGCUAGGCGACAUCAAGAAUAUGAUGCUGCAACUUUUGGAGAGUAUCAACUACAUUCACUGUCAAAAAUUCAUGCAUAGAGAUAUCAAAACAGCCAACAUCCUCAUAGACCAUAACGGAGUUCUGAAACUGGCAGAUUUUGGUUUAGCCAGGAUAUAUUACGGGGCACCACCAAAUUCGCGAUAUCCUGGUGGUGCGGGUUCAGGGGCCAAGUACACUUCUGUAGUGGUCACUAGGUGGUAUAGGGCGCCGGAACUUGUGUUAGGAGAUAAGACUUACACAACAGCGGUUGAUAUCUGGGGGGCUGGAUGUGUAUUUGCAGAAUUCUUUGAGAAGAAACCUAUUCUACAAGGUUCUUCCGACAUAGAUCAGGGGCAUGUCAUUUUCAAAUUGCUAGGAACUCCUAGUGAAGCGGACUGGCCGCUUGCUAGAUAUUUGCCUGGUGCAGAGCUUACUAGAACCAAAUAUCCAGGGACAUUGAAAGAAAGGUUUGGUAGUUUCCUGAAUGACACUGGUUUAGAUUUCUUGCAACAGCUGCUUGCCCUAGAUCCUUACAAGAGAUUGACGGCCAUGUCAGCUGUUCAUCACCCAUUUUUCAAAGAAGAGCCGCUACCAUCGACUAAACUAGAAUUACCUUGUGAAGAAAGUCAUGAAUCAGAUAUCAAGCGAUACAAGGAAGAAAUGCAGCAAGCAAUGUCUCAAAAGGCCCCGUCAGCACCUCAAGGUCAUGUAACAGAGAGUUUGAAUGUUCCUCGAGCUCCCAAAGGCAACCUUCCAAAGGCACCAGCAAGAAAUCUUUUCCCUAAAGGACCUGCUGCGAUGCCAGGAUCUCACGCUACAACGCGAAACCCAGCUGUUCCACCACCUUUCAAUCGAACUUCGUCUCGAUAUGAGAAUGGUAGUAAUUCAACAGUGAACCCCGGUUUCAGGUCCAAUGGGGCCAAUGGUUACAGAGCAGGAGAAGCAAGCAGUCGUUACGGUCAUGAAACGGCUUCCCGAAAUCCCAAUGUGGCAGCUCGAUUACCAACCGGACCUCAAGGCUCAAGGUACAACGGCAGACCGGUGGAAACGACAGGCGCAAACACUAAUCGUCCCAGGGUAGAAUUUAGUACUGCCAAGAACAGUAACUACGUUCAACGGCAGUCGGACAAAUCAGGCGAUAGUAAGAGAUGGGGUCAAAGACAAGAACGGCAACUACAUGCAGGGCUCCCAGCACGUCCCCGCAGUGAUACACGAAAUACCCCAGCUCAGCCAAGGCAAAGCCAGCAACAAGAAGAACGCCAAAGCCCGUCUGCCCCAACAGAGCAGAAAAAGCCAGGCGAAGAAGUCGGCAAGAAGGAGGCCAGCAAUCUAGCCGACCUUUACUAA